AUGCGCUUUGGUAAUUAGUAGCGAGCGAGUCGAGCGUAGGAUUAACCGAAAUACCGUCCCGUUUUCGAAAUGGCAAAGCUGGAGAAGCUGGAGGAAUUUGUUUUUUUUUUUUUUUUUUUUUUGCUACAUCGUAGUCGCAGAAUGAAAAAUUUAGUUCCUCCCAGCGCCACUCUCUGAUAUUCUCUUUUAAAAGAGGAACUCUCACAGAGUGACAAAAUUAUUGUUAAAAAUCUCUCCUUUUUAAAACGUUGAUAGAUCCUUUUUUUUUUUUGUACAUAGUCUAAGCUGUUAAAAGAUCGUUUCUUUUACGAUCUCGCGUUGUUGAAACAUUAUUCAUUAUUCGGGGUCAUUAGUCACGUUGAAUCAUCGGUCGUUUAACGCCGACCGGAGCCAAUACGAAACUCGAUCUGAUCGCGUAAUUUUUGUUCCAGAAGGACGGGAAACGCCAUUAUCACCGCCACCGCCUUCGAGCUCCUCCGUUCAGACAUCACCUCGCGGAUUGGGUUACACCUGCGGUCCCAUAGAUGGAUCCCUGUACGCUGUGGUACACCAGGGUGCUGCCGGUGGUGCCCGUGGCUCGCCAUUGACAGUUUCCAUGGACAGCGGCAUCAGCAGUGCUCCACCGCAACGACCUAGUCCACCAGAACCAGAGCCGGACAACCAGGCUCAUGGUGAUCUCGAUAAGCUUCUCCAUGAUAUGAUGCUUACUGUCGAGUCGAUGCCAGAUCCUCCGUCAGAGGACUACAGGACAGACAGGAGCGAGAAAAUGUACAUUCAGGAGACCCGUAGCUACAGCAGCCACGCGAGCAGCCAUUCCCCGUCGACCUACUCCACGCUGAAGGAUUCGUACAGGAAUUACAGCACCGCGAAAGAGUCCAGCCCGCCGUACAACUCGAGCAGCAAUUACAGCACCCUGAAGAACGAGUACCGCGAGCCAGUGAAAAUCGAGCACCGAAGGGAGGAGUGCGAAUAUCGCAUGUCGCCGGAUCGAAAGAUCACCGAGACCAGCACGGAAGUCUAUAGGAAACACGCUGACUCGUUUUCGCCGCCCGGGAAUAUCGAUUACAUCGACGAGGACAUCCCCUAUCACGCUCGACAGACGAGUCAACCGUUCUCGUACGGCGCCACGUCGGACAUGAUCAAACAUCAGAAGCUUUCGUCGCCUUCCCUGGUGAGAAAGGCGUCUGUACGAGGCACAGCGCCCGUCGUGGACUUUGAGGACAUCCUAGGCGAGAAUUCGAGGAGACCUAUCAGUCCCCUGAGCCCAAACACGCCGGAUCCUCCGCCCGAAUUAUCGUGGCUGAGGCAGCAACAGUUGAAACUCGCGGCGAGGCGGGAUGAAAGGAACCCGGGGAAACUUUGGCGACAGGAGACUGGAAAUCGCAUGAUCGGCGAACUGAGAAGCUUACAGAGAGGCAGAAUAAGGCACGACGGGUAUGCGAGUGACUCCGCGGUGCUUGACGACGACGACGACACGUGGAUUGUCAACCCCACUUCCGGACAGACGCAAUCGAGACCGGCGCCGUACACGUCAGCGCCAGCUAGUCCUCUGCUUCCGCAACGUUCCAGCAGCCGGAAGUACAAUGGUAGCGCCGGAACCACCGGUACUCUGGGAAGGCCGCGUGCAGAGAGCGUGAACGAUCGUCCCUUCAUGUCCGUGAAACGUGCCUACGAAUAUCGCAAAUACAACGACAGCCAGGUAAACGAACAACUACCGAUACGCAUAUAUAAUAGCGAUAGUUGGACUGAAGGAUUGCAAAGUCUUUAUCUAUUAUUUCUCAAAGAAAUAACCCCGGCAAAAGACAUCAAACAACAUAUUAUUGUAAUACUUGCCCCGACAAGCCGGGCAUGCAUCUUGGCAAUUAGCCCUCCGACAUCCCCCCGCUCUGGCUUAGUAAGCACGCAAACUUUAGGAUUAGCAAUGCAACAACAAGCAACGUUCAUUAACACGGACAAGCCUCAACCGCCGCGACCAGAGUCCCGUAGCGAUAGCUUUGCCCGCGCUGACGCUCUGUUGCGCGAGCAUCGACAGCUGCAACAGCAACAACAGCAGCAGCAGCUGGCGUCCGCCAACAACAGUCACACGGAUCAGAAACAAUCGAUCGGUCAGGAUUUCGUCUCGACUCUGGCGCGAAACACUCGGCCAGAGUCGCGGAAUCGCAUCGUCGCUUGUCAGAGCGUCAGCAGAACCACGGUGACCAGCAACGACAGGAGCACCGACCACGUGGACGCAGGACUGCUGACCAUGGUCGAUCAGCAGUCGAACGCGCGGACAAGCGCGGACCCUCUCGUGAGCCUAAUUCAAUCACUCGCUGAGAUUUCGCCCACCUACUCGCCCCAAUCGAUGACUAACAACGUCAAGCCAGACACGAGCGAUCAUCAUCACGCGAGCAUCAACGCAGCAAUUGCGACAACUGCGAGGAGCAACAUUGUUAACAUUAGCAGCACUAAUUGCUCCCCUAACCAGUCGCCCAAAGCAUGGCAGAAUUGCACCCAGUCGCACAAUGACUCGGCUUCAUCGUGGACCGAGAGGAGCGUCAGUCCCGGAAGUGCGGUGGUCAGCAGCAGCGCGUCGAGACCGCAAACGCCGGCGUUCCCGGUUCAUCCUCGAACCCCGUACGUGAACAACUCCUCGCCCACGGUUACGUUCGCGGCUGAUCGCUCCUACAGCACCAACGCCACCUACAACGUCAACAACAACAACAACAACAAUAUGAACAACGUGGAGUCGACCGGGAAUAACAACAACAACGUCGGGAAUUAUGGCAACGAACGAACGAUCUACAUCGAGGAACGAAGAGAAGUCUCGAAGGAGACGGGACUUCCACCCAAGAGUCCGACGACACAGAGCAAGGACCGAUCUGUUUCUCCGAUAAACGAGCCAACGAUGCAACAGUCGCAAGCUGUCUCGCGCAGCCCUGGUACUCCGACUCACAUUGAGUUUGCCCAAAGUCCCAAGAGCGCCACGUCGUAUACAUCUAUAAACAGCGGUGGCCAGUCAUCUCCUCAGGUCCAGUAUUACGGUUCGAGACGGUCCAGCGUGCACUCGAACACCGAGCCGCAAGAAGUGGCCGAUGCCAACGUGAAGUUUGUCCGUGACACCAGCAGGAUCUGGUACAAGCCGAAUAUAUCUCGGGAGCAAGCAAUCUCGAUGCUGAAGGAUGCAGCGCCAGGGACGUUCGUCGUUCGAGACAGCAACUCCUUUCCAGGAGCCUUUGGUCUCGCCCUGAAGGUAGCAACUCCACCUCCAAGUGCGCCAAGCAGUCCCAAAGACCCGUCUAGCGAGCUGGUUAGGCACUUUCUGAUCGAGCCUACCUCCAGAGGCGUCAGAUUAAAGGGAUGCGCCAACGAGCCAGUCUUCAGCUCGUUGUCCGCGUUGGUUUAUCAACACAGCUUGAUGGCGAUGGCUCUGCCUUGCCAGCUGUUGCUCCCAGAACCGGAAGCUGCAGCCAGAGCUCUCGAUUCACCCGGGACGAACAGCACGCAGCAAUUGCUUGCGCAGGGUGCAGCCUGCAACGUUCUAUACCUGUUCACCAUGGAUACGGAGUCACUGACGGGUCCCCAAGCCAUCAAGAAAGCAGUCACGACGAUGUUCGAGCAGAAACCACUGCCCACCGCGACUAUCGUUCAUUUCAAAGUCUCGACGCAGGGGAUAACUCUGACGGACAACGGCCGGAAGCUUUUCUUCCGCAGGCACUACCCCACGAACAAUAUCAGUUACUGCGGCUUAGACACGGAGGAACGUACUUGGGACUUCGCCAGCGAGGAAACCGGCCGGCCACUCAGUGCCCACCGAUGUUUCGGAUUCGUGGCGAGAAAACCGGCGCACAAAUCGGACAACCAGUGCCACGUGUUCGCCGAGCUGGAACCAGAGCAGCCAGCCACGGCCAUAGUGAAUUUCGUGAACAAGGUCAUGAUGGGCAACUCCAUAGCCAAGGCCAACAUCGUAUAAGUCGCGACGGAGAUCUAGAGCUUCGUCUUCGAAGUUCUACGAAGCGCAAUAGCAGCAGAAUCGCAGCGCUGACUCAAAGAAAGCGAAAUAGUCGAUUCUCGUAAUAGGUGUUGAUGCAUUUCGUGAACGUAGAAUCAGGAGCAGUCAGUAGAGCAUGAAGCGUUUCUAAGCGUAAAAAUACACGUAGAAGUUUAACGAUAGAGGUUGAAUCGUUAUUGUUAUCUGAACGGUGGAUGCGGUGAAUCCAAUGGGAAAUUGGGUUGGCGGAGAGACUCGAUUCCAUCCUCGGUGUCG